ACGCAGCAGACAAAGACACAACAAGGUGUGGCAGCAGCUGCACUGCACUUUGUGUACUUUCACUUUUGAUAAAAACUUAUCAGCCCAGUCCGAAGCUGAUUGGACAGCUGGGGGAGAAAAGGAAGUAAAACACGUCGUGUAGCUUUCUUGCGCAAUAACCUGCAGAAAAUGCUCGCGUUUCGCUUUCCUCUCUGUGUGAGGCCACUUUAGCCAACUACUGGGUUUAAAACAAGCUCCGGGCGCACGAUGAAGUCCGACAGCCAGACGGAGUGAAAGUAAAGAGGUCCACAUUCUCUUCCUGCUGUUUUGGACUGGUCGUAAAGAUUCAGGAGCGAGCAUGGAUCAUGCACGAGCCUCAGACACACAGACUGACAAGAGGCCCACUGACAGCACUGCAGCUACUUCUAAGGAGGAUAAGAGACCAUUCAGGAGAGUGAGAAGCCCAUCCAGACCAAAAGCCUGGUUGUCCAAAUCUUACAAACCAAAGUUUGGAGGACCGACCGUCCACAGGCCUCGGUUCCCAAGAGAUGACCAUUCAUUCCACAAAGCUGGCUUCAGCAGCCAGAGGUACCACUACCUGAAGCCCCGGAACUUCAUCCAUGGCAGAGAUUACCCUCCGCCUAAACCUCACCACAUCUUGCCAAAGAAAAGGGAGCAGGAGAAAGAGAGGGUGAAGGAGGAGAGGGUGAAGGAGGAGAGGGAGUGGCACGAGCAGAGAGAGAGCACCAGUGGAAGUUCUCCCUCCAAACAAAACAGUGCAUUUAGAUCGGUCUUACCCAGAUCCAAGUCCAGCUCCAGCAGAGACAAGGACAUGCAGGUUACCAUUUUUCAGGACAAACGGAACCAAAGCAACGAGGGAGAUCACAGAGUGACCAAAAGCAAAGACAGGGAGCGAAGCAGAGAUGGGGAGCUCCCUUUAACUGCGAGCCAGACAGCAGCACGAGACAGAGCCAUCCAACAGAAGAGGAGAGAGAUAGAUGAGGUGUACUACCAGGAAUGUGAAAUGUUCGGUUUUGUAGCAAAGAUGCUGAUUGCAAAGGAUCCAUCCCUGGAGUGUUCCAUCCAGUCCUCGCUGCAGGAGAACCUCCGGGACAUUGGCAGGCGCUGCAUUGAGGCCAUGGAGAAAUUCAUCCAGGAAUAUGACUCCAGAGAGCUGUUGCACUAAUUGUUUGAAAUGGUUUUUGAAGAUUUAAAAACAGUACUCAUGUUUAAUUGUGAACUGCUUUUUGUACUUGAUAUUUUUAUAUGCACUGCUGACAAAACUGCACUCUGUUCUCAAUCCCUUGUUUUCUACUUAGUGACACUGGUCUAACAUAAAACUGAAGAGUUAAGAAUAUCGUGAUGAUACUGGAAGAAGUACACUGGUUAUAUUGCUUUUGAUUAUGUUUAGCUUAAUUUAUUUUUCUUUAUGUUUAAUUAUACUUUUCUUAUAAUAAAAACAAACAACAAUGG